GGCCGCUGCAGUGUUAAUGUGUGUUGCUGUGUGUAUGAUUGAAGCACUGGCUGAGUGCGAAUACAGGCUUGCAAGGGGCCCCAUAUUCAAACAGAAUGGAUAGCAUUGUAUGUAGCGGGCAAGUUUAGCCACUACCGAAACGCAGAGGCAAGCUGAUCAGCUCCGCAUAGGUGGACGUGUUGGACAAAGACGUUUUGCGGUGGUUGUGAUUUUUUUGGGUUUAUUUUUUAGCAACAGAUCUCUGCCGCACAAAAACCGGACCCAGAGAAGUCUGCUGAACUAUGGCAUAUCGGCUUUAUAACCUCGUAUCCAACAGCCGUAUCGUGAUUGGGCUGUUUGCGAAUUUACUGUCUUCCAUCUGCAUCGUGUUUAUUAACAAAUGGAUCUAUGUGCAUCACGGCUUCCCAAACAUGACCCUCACGUUGAUACAUUUCGUGGUGACCUGGCUGGGUCUCUACGUGUGCCAGAAGUUGGACGUCUUUGCCCCGAAAAGACUCCAGCCCACCAAAAUCAUCUUAUUGGCGUUGAGUUUCUGCGGGUUUGUCGUUUUUACCAACCUGUCCCUUCAGAACAACACGAUAGGCACUUACCAGCUUGCCAAAGCGAUGACAACCCCCGUGAUCAUUGUGAUCCAGACCGUCUACUACAAGAAGACGUUCUCGAGCAAGAUCAAGCUGACGCUGAUUCCUAUUACACUGGGUGUAUUGCUGAACUCGUACUACGACGUGAAGUUCAACUUCCUGGGAAUUCUCUUUGCUACCCUGGGGGUCUUUGUCACUGCCCUGUAUCAAGUGUGGGUGGGAGCCAAGCAGCACGAGUUGCAGGUGAACUCCAUGCAGCUGCUGUAUUACCAGGCGCCCAUGUCCUCUGCCAUCCUGCUGACCUGCGUGCCGUUCUUUGAGCCCUUCACUGGGGAGGGGGGGGUAUUCGGGCCGUGGUCUGCCCCCGCCCUGGGCAUGGUGCUGCUGUCUGGACUGAUAGCGUUCCUAGUGAACUUGUCCAUUUACUGGAUCAUUGGAAACACCUCCCCAGUCACGUACAACAUGUUCGGACACUUCAAGUUCUGCAUCACCCUGCUGGGCGGCUAUGCCCUGUUCCAGGACCAGCUGACCCUCAAUCAGGGCAUAGGGAUCCUGUGCACGCUGGCUGGGAUUCUGUCUUACACCCAUUUCAAGCUGAGCGAGCGAGAGGAAGGCAAGAGCAAGCUAAUGCAGAGGCCCUGAUCUCAGUGUGUCUUUGACAGCUAACAGAAAGGCCUCUGUCACCAACACAGGAGGAGCAGUGGAAGUGUCUGAACACAGGGUGUCCUCACAUUGUCUCAUAACCCAAACGGACUGGCCACAGAUCUGUGACAAUGGGAGGCUGGUCUAGAAUCUACAGUCCUAGCAAACUGUGACACGCUCCUUUACGAGAACACGUACUGCCGAAAGUGGCAGUGUGUCAGAUGAGUGAGCAAUGUGUAAAAUGGAAAUUUUAUAGAAAAUGAUUUUGUUUACAGAGACUGGAAGAGGAACUAUCGGUGUGAUAUUUUGUACGGUACUGAUGGAGAAGGGCAAAACAUUUCAUAUAAAGAAAGUGUAGCUGUUAGUCGGGAACUAGGAGUAUAAGGAGUGUAUUUAACCAAUAGUGUGCUUGUAGAUCUUACAAAAUGAUUAUGAUGCUUUUAUGUUUUUUUAUAUAUAU